GCCAUAUUCGAAGGUCAGCCAGGCGAAGUGAUAGGAGCUCAUGCGAAUCGACAAGAUGGGCAACACAUGGGUGUAUUACAUAUCCAACGCUUCCGCUCCGUGAUGGAACUUUUCACCACGAAUAAUGCGUGCGCCAUCUCUCAGCUGCCUUACGUCGUCUUCCUGGACGUUGUCCUGCAAGGCGAUUACAUAGUGCUUAAUGCGCCCUGUAGCUUCGAGAAGGGCGUGAAGAUUGGCGUUGGUGGAGACUGUCCUGGCUUUGCAGCUUGGGAGACCCUGCUGGAGGAUAAACCUCCGCUGUACUUCGCAGUUCAAUAUCCAGACCCCUACGGCGAGGCGGUAGGACCAUCACGGGGGCUAACAAUGUCGUCGUUUUUAUCUCAACAAGAACAGGAAUAUUCUAGCGAUACUGUUCAUGAACUUAUGGGACACAUGGCACUGUUUGCGGAUCCGGAUUUUGCGCAGUUCUCUCAGGAGAUUGGACUAGCAUCACUUGGAGCCAGUGACGAAGAUUUAAAAAAACUUGCCACGCUGUACUUUUUCUCCAUUGAAUUUGGACUUUCGUACGUGGGAGGCGAUGAGGGAUGUGACAAGGGGAACAGCACUUCUUCUUUCAAGUACAAAAUUUACGGAGCUGGCCUUUUGAGCAGCGCUGGCGAACUACAGGUAGGAGUCUGCUGUUUCGAUUCAUGGGCGAUCUCAAACACAAAAUACGAGUGA